CAAACCACCAAUCCUUACGAAGGACAAGGGCACCUAUCGCGACGCCGGCACCUCCUCCCUCUGUUCAACCUCCUCCUCCUCGACGGCCUGGUCCUUCUUCUUGAGGACGUUGCCCCACGACGCGAACUGCUCGAAGGUCUUGGCGCUGAACAUGGCGCCGACCAUCCGGCCAAACCCUUCCCGCGAUCGGCCCACAUCCCCAUUGAACCGCGCGACGACCUCGGCCGGGUCGGGCCGCGGCCAGAUCUUGGGAAAGUGCGGGUCCGUCAGCGGGUCGCCGUGCUUCAGCGAGUGGCGGCCCAUGUCCGCGAAUUCCACUUUUUCUUUGUCGACGUACGUCGCAUCGUCGAUCGCGACGGUCCCGCCCAGCACCCGCCGCUUCAUGGAGCCCCAGUCCUGGCUGGUGGGGCCGUCGAUCUUGUGGAUCGUCCGCGCGUGCCAGACGAUCAGAUCGCCGGCCUUCGGUCGGAAGGUCGUGAAGUCGUGAUAUUCGGGCAAAUCGCCCUCGUCGAUGUUCACAAACACGGCAUCUUCCGGCACGCACUUGUUGUUCUGCGACUUCUUGAGGUAGACGGGCGCGCCGUAGUCCUUGGGCGAGUCGUCCAUCGUGACCCACCACCUUAACGCAUUAUCGAAGCCUGUGUGUGCAUGGAUCCGUGAGUUUCGCGUCGCGGCGAUGGCGUGGAGGU